AUGGCAGAUGAAAUGCCUGAAGUUGACUAAUUAAUUUAUAAAUCAAGGAAUUUAGGAAAGAAUUGGAUAAGAGAAAUUAAAAUUGUCUCCUUUAUAAUUUUGAUGAUUGUUUUUGUAUUAUUAGAGUUAACAAUAAAUGGAAAAUGCUUAUUAACUCGAGAUAAAUGGAUGUUUUUAAUGAUUGAUUGCAUCAUGUAUUUAGGGGUUUUUGCGAUUAGCGUCAAAGAAAUAAAAAUUUAGAACCAAAAAAAAAACAAAAAAUAAUAAAUGUAAAUUAGAUUAAGGGCUUUAAAUUGCAAAAGCCUUCGUAUCUAUCUAUGUUUUAUAUUGACAAUAUUAUUACUCUGCAUCAUUCAUUUGGGAGUGCAAAUAUAUUUUUUUACUUUUCAAUUUUGUUAAGAGUGCUUUUACUAUAAAGGGAGUUUCAAGGAUACUAAAGAUUUUGAAUUUUGCAAGAUACUAUUAUUUAUUGUAUUCAUUAUAAUUGAGAUUAUUACAAUAUUCUUUUUAGUUUGGAUCGUGAAGGAAAAUUGGAAAGCGAUGAGGAAGCCUGAGAAAUUUAGAAGAAGUCGAGUAGAAAUUGGUUAUUCUGAUGAUAUUGUACUAAAAAUCAAUUCUUGA